GGCGGGUAAUACAAGUACGGGUUGUGCUUGGAUACGUCUCAGUUGAACCUUGGGAUCCUAGGACGUGUAUUUCCAUUGCAGGGAGGUGCCAGGGACAUACAGUUUGCUAGCUGCCGGCGGGCCGGCUCAGCAAGUCUCGGAUGAGUGGCAGCUAGCGGGCUCAGCAGCCCUCAAGAUCAACUUCCGGUAGCAGCGCUCGUGUUGCCAGCUUUAUCGGCGCGCUGCUCGACGCGAAUCAGCUCGACCAUCCUACCGUACGUCUUCCCAGGCCACGGGCUGUAGCUCGAGAGGGACGUGUAUGUAUUGAUGUGCGUCACGCGGUGGUAGUGAGGAAAGUAGUGGCGGUGGACGACGUCAUACGAGUGGAAUACCGGGCGCUGAUGGUCGAAGACGUGAGCGCCGCGCCGGCGGCCGGCGGAACGACGCGACCGCGUGCUGCGCCGCGUGUGUUUGUCAUCGCGCUCGUGGCGCGAGUCAUACGUGUUGUAGGAGCUGUCGUCGCUUUCACCCCCUGCGUAUUCUCCGCUCAAACGCCGCGGCCGCGGCUUCGUGCGCGCGUACGACCGGGCUGGAAGCGAGUCGUAAGUGUCGUCGUCGUCGCUGUCGCCACCUUCAGAGCGGCGACGCCGCGACCGAGGGGGGCGCGGCUUGUCAUGCGACGCGGCGCACGCGGAGUACGGCCAGCGCCGAACGUGGUACGCCUCGUCGAUGCGCCGUUCUUUCUCUUUAAGGUCCACGGUGUCCUCGCGCACAUACGGCAUACCGCGCGAGAUGGGGUGAGGCUGCUAAGGCGCUGUUCACGUACCCUUCGUACCUUACGGUACCUUAUAAUUCCCGUGCAAAUACGCGCCUUACGCCUCACGAACGCCUGGCGCAGCUGCUGCCUCCUCUUAUCGUCGAUCCUGCCCCCCUGCGAUGGGGAAGCUCGCUUGCGGGAGCUGAUCGUGUGUCAGGCGCGCUUGCGCGAUUGCGGCAUGGGCAAUUCCCUAGAUUGUGGUCUUGGCGACUGCGGCAGCCCCGACGACGCGGAGAGCGAUUACUCGAAGCCGGUCGAAUACAGCCAGGUACUGGGUCCAGCGUCCAACGCCAAGGGAACUUUUUCAGCCCGUCCGGCGUCGCAUUUGUGACGGGCACACGGAAUGCUUCGUAGGCUACGUCGACAGCGCGGCCAAAGAAGAUUCUGAGCAGCAUGGAGGUCCACCGGCAUCUCACAGAGUUCUACGAGGCGUGGAAAACGGGGGCAAUCCAACAGAAACAGCUCGAGAUGCUACAAAAAAUGCCAGUGGAUCCGGCGACGGGACUUCUGUGGUGGCAGUGGGUCGAGCGACAUUCGGGCAUCUGCGACCACCAUCCGCCUCGCGAAACUCCCGCGUUCCGGCCGUAGACGCGCUACCUGCACUCUUUCAUGUCAAAUGCCGGCCCAUCACGGGUACACUGCACCGGUUUUCGCGAAGACUCGAAUGGUGUGUGUCCUACUACACAGUCGGAACUUCGCCUAUUAGGAACUUCGCCAGGUUGGAUUUGAAGGGCCAAAAAAAGGGCGAGCAUGUUCGCCAGACUAUUGUGGCGUAGAGGGACGCGCGGUCAGUAUACUUCUAGUAUUAUACCAACAUAUUUCCAAUUGCAAUUAUAUACUAGCAUGUAUUAUUUAUCGCGG